CGUGCCCGGGGGUGGGGUAUUCUCUUCUCCCGCGCCGCAGCCGCCUGCGCCUGGCCGUAGAGAUUGAGAGCCGCCGCCAUGGGGGUGGAAGGUUGCACCAAGUGUAUCAAAUACCUCCUCUUCGUCUUCAACUUCAUCUUCUGGCUGGCAGGAGGCAUCAUCCUGGGAGUGGCCCUGUGGCUCCGGCAUGACUCUCAGACGACGAAUAUCCUCUACCUGCAUCUGGGCGAGAAGCAGGCCCCUAACACCUUCUACGUCGGAAUCUACAUCCUGAUUGCAGUUGGAGCUGUGAUGAUGUUUGUGGGGUUCCUGGGAUGCUAUGGUGCUAUUCAGGAGUCUCAGUGCCUUCUGGGAACGUUCUUCACUUGCCUGGUGAUCCUGUUUGCCUGCGAAGUUGCAGCUGGAAUUUGGGGAUUUGUCAACAAAGACCAAAUAGCCAAAGAUGUGAAGCAGUUCUACGAUCAAGCAUUUCAACAGGCGCUCAUGGCAGAGUCAGACGCAAACAACGGCAAAGCUGUGGUGAAGACCUUUCAUGAAACGCUGGACUGCUGUGGUCCUGAUAAUGUAAUAGGAGCUACCGCUCCCCUGUGGAGAGAAGACCUCUGCUCAAGAAAGGACUCCAUCCUGAAAACCUUUGAGACCGUCAACUGCCACAAAAAAAUUGAUGAGCUGUUCUCCGGGAAGCUGUAUGUGAUCGGUAUUGUUGCCAUCGUGGUCGCUGUGAUCAUGAUCUUUGAAAUGAUCCUGAGCAUGGUGCUGUGCUGCGGCAUAAGGAACAGCUCCGUCUACUGAGCCCAUUGCCCCACCUCCCUUGGAGAGUGGAGAACAAAUAGCCCCUGUCGCCUUGGUGCGACAUGUUCCAGGGUAAAUGCAGGUGUAUUGUUCCUCUCCAACCUGUUUGCAUCAGUAUGCCAGUUCUUAACAGAAGUCAUUCUUAAAUUUUACUCUCUGAUGAGUGGGAAUGUCUUUGGCUUUUGGGAUUUUUUUAUUGGGUUUUGGUUUGUUUUUUUUUUUGGUUCAGCUGUAACUUUAUAAAUUGGCUCAUUUUCAUUGAUUCACUGUAUUAAAGGGUCAGUGUCUGGGGGUGAAUUUUAGUUCUGGUUUUUCAAAUAUAAAAAAAAAAUUGGGUCACUUUUAACCUUCUUCAGUGUUAUUUUAUAAACAUGUUUUGGGAAGAGUCUGGUUGUGUACUAAGUUUCUGCUGUUAGGCUAAUUCUUGCAUAAAAAUGAUAUUGGAUAAAAGAGGAAAUUUUUUUUUAAAAAAAGAAGUCCUCAACCUUAGAAAUCCUGCAUUUAUGUAUUGCAGGAUGAUGCUUGGGGGUUCCCAGCCAUAUGCAUAUGUGUUUAAACUAUCAUCUUUGCAUCACUCUCUUGUGUAGUUUUCCUUACUUGUAUUGUUGCACACUGUAAUAUUGCUGGGAAAUUGUCAUAACCUGACCUGGGGAGAAAAUAAAACAGUUUAUUUUUAAGACCUUCCAUUUACAUCAACGGCAGGAGAUAAGCUUAUCAAAGCAAGAGAAUUGAGGAUUUUAGAUUGUACCAGGUGAAACACUUUCUUGUAGCCUGGUAAGCUUUGAUUGCCAAUUCGAUGUACGUGGCUUCUGUUGUAUGCCACUCCACUACCAUGUAGAUAGAGGGGGAGAAUAACCCAGAAGCUAUGUAAUAAAAUCAGUGUCUCUAAAAAGAUGAUCUAUAUGUAUAGUUCUAUAGAUAUAUAUUUUUAAGCAAAGCCUUUUCCUUAGCCAUACAAGCACUUGAGAUAGAAAUUAUAGUAUCUCUCAGCUCUCUGCCACCUUGAAGCAGAUAAGGGGAGGAAAUGAAACCACUGCUCACCACCCCCACUUCAGGAAUAUUUCUGUUUCUGAAAGUAUUUCACUCGCCCCCUUCAUUGCAAGAAAGAGCUUUAGACAGGAUAGGGAGCGAGACCUGUGAUUAUUUUACAUGAGUAUCUUAUCCACUGCAUAUGGCUGCCAUGGCCUUUGCCACUACAGGAUAGGAAAUUCCUGCGCUGGGGUAAACUGAUCCAUUCGGAGGCUUCCCUCCCCUUCUACUCCCCCCUUUCCUCUUCCUACCUUUUAGUAUACAGGGCCUUUAAAAAGUAUAUAGGUGAAAAUAAAUAUAUAUAUAUAUAUAUCAAGUUGUGCUGGAUAAGAGGAGGAAGUGCUUUAGCAUUACUUCAGAUUGAGGGGUUGGACAUAAAAAGAUUCAGCCUUAGAAAUAGCCUUAAAGCAACACUGCCCUGAAUGUCCACACUGUGCACAUCAAGAAUGAGACAAGUUUUGCAGUAGGUAACACCUUCCCGGUUCCCCAGUGUAGCUCCUUCAGGUCAUGUACUCUGUUCUGUGGCUGUAUGUAUAUGCAUCAACCAAGCAUGGGUGUUUACAUAUAUGUGCAUUGGGAUUGUUAGCAUACAGAAUGGAUGUGUAACUUGCUGCCUUUUUUGUUGAGUGUUGAUAAAUGAUAUAAAUAUGCCAUUAAGCAUUUCAAUUUGUUUUCUUUCCUUAUACCGUAUUUUUUAUAUUGUUCAGUAUUCAGUUGAUGCUGCAUAUGUAGCUGGAGCUCUGUUUGAAGAUGGACUGGGUCUCGGUGUAGGUUAGGUGUAUCCUUGGACAUUGUAGCUUUAGGAGUCUGGGUUGUUCCAAGCAGGAGCAGUAGUGAGAAAGUGGUACUUGGAGAGAGGGAGUCUGAGAGCUGUGGGAGGAAGAAUAGCAGGAAGUUAACCUCAGACAGUGUUCCACCUGGACUUCAGUUUGCUUGCAGGCUUAUUUCAGAGGCUGUUUGUCGCUGUGGGGAGCUCUAGAGGCAGCUCCCUUGGCCACCUCCUGUCUCUGUGGCUGCUGCAGGAAAGGUGCUGUGGGAGGGGAACAGCCAGUGGCUGGGAAGGUCAUGGGAAAGGGCAGAGGGGUUUUGCAGGGAGAGGGUAAUGCUUUCCAUAGAGUUACGAGUGGUCAUCAUGUUCAGUGGUCAUCAGCGGUAGCAGGAGGGGUCAGCCCUGUGAGAAGAGGGACAGAGAGGACUUACCAUGCUUAAGAACUGAAGUAGCUGAGAAACCCUCACAGAAAAACACUACUCACUUGGGUCUCCACUAGUCUGGCCUCCUGUGAAGCUGGACUUGCGUUAAAUCGAGCUAGAAAGGGAGCUGUGAAGGGCUGAGGGGACUCGCCCUGUUGGAAGCACUCGGGAUCCAAAAGAGACAGGGCUCUCCUGCCAGUUGGUCAGUCCCAAAGCUGGCUGAGGUGAAGGGGGAAGAAACAGUAGGUAGGACCCGUGCCCUGCUUCAGACCCUCUCCUGCAUACCUGCACAUUUGUGUGCGCAACAUGGGGCAUUGUUCUGCUCCCCUCUAUGCUCCUAAAAAACAAGCUGUGGAUGAAAUUGUGGGCUGUAAAUGCAAACCCCUCCCUCUCCAGGGAAGCAUCCUCCUGGACCUAGCGACAGCUGAGAAAAUGGCUGUGAGCUGAGGCAGGGAGGAGGAGAGAGACUGAUGGGGGAGAGUUGAGUCAACUGUCCAGGUCUGAAUUGAAAGACCACAUCGAAAAGUCAAACAGAGCCGCUGAUAGCUUAACUGAAUGCUUGGGAUUUUUUCAUACUGUGGAGCAUGCCACAAAGCAGUGUGUUUAACUUCUUUCUGCCUUUUUUUCUUUUUUCUUUUUUUUUUUUAAGAAAUGAAACAAAAAUCAAUUUAAUAAAUAUUUCUCAUAGUG